CAUAUUGGGUGGCAUGUGUUGCUUCUAUGUGGAGCACGUCCUCUCCUAAUGUCUGUGUGUGACCUCUACAGAUGCCCAACACAGCAGGCAAGAGCAUGCAGGUUUGCUACUGUGGAUGGGCCAAGGUCACCACCUACCAGGGUCUGAGGACUCACCAGGGGAAGAUGGGAUGCACACCGAGGGGAAUGAAUAUCCCUGAGAGUGAACAAUUCAGAUUCACAAGAUGCACGUUUGCUAACAUUGGACCAUCAAUCCAAAUAGAAGAACCUCUGAAAGAUAUCUUCAGCCCUUAUCUAGAGAUCGAUCAUCAACAGUUCACCUGGAGAAACGCCAUGGAAGAAACCCUUCAAAACGACAGCGGACCAAAUAACGGGGUUACUCCAGUCUGGGAGAUACCCCAAACAUCCGAUGAGAACCUCCUGAUUACGACCUACCAGGGUCUGAGGACUCACCAGGGGAUGAUGGGAUGCACACAGAGCGGAUAUAGUAUCCCUCAGAAUGACCAGUUAAGAUUAACAAGUUCCCUUCAUUCAGCCGCUAACGUUGGACCUUUAACCUUCAAGCCUCUGAAGGAUAUCUUUGGCCCCUCUCAAACGUUUGAGAGUAAACAGAUUACUUGGGGAAGUCCCCUGGAAGAAUCUCCUCAACAGGAUGGCGGACCAAAUAACUCCAUUGCUUCAGCAAGAGGAAAGAAUGUACCUGUUGCUUCAAACUUCACCACCCUGACGGCCGCUCCAGCUGCAGAAGCCACACUGAACGACACAAAUCAAUUAUUUGUUACAGCUCAACAGAACUCUCAGCAGACGGCCACAAACUCUGACAAAACUCAUCAAGGGCACAAUUUCUCCAUUGGUGCACAGCCUUCAAUGUACCCCGUGUCACAGAUGGUUGAUACCCCAACCACUCCUGCAGCUGCAGGAAUCACAGUCAAUGACACAAACAAAUCAUUUGUUACAACUCAGCAGAAUUUCCAGCAAACAGCCACAAACUCUGGCGUAAAUCGUCAAGCUUUCACUUUCUCCAGUGGUGCACAGCCUUCACUGCUCCUAAUGCCACAGAUGUUUGGUACCCCAGCCAUUCCUGCAGCAGCAGAAGUCCCAGUUAUGAAAACUCAGCAAAGCGCAUUCAAUCUCUCCAGUGGUGCACAGCCUUCGCUGAUGCCAAUGUCACAGAUAUUUGGCAGCCCAACGUUUCCUACAUUUAAAGAUGUCACAGUGACGCACACAAACAAAUCAAUGUUUGAAACUCCCCCCCAUCUCAGUACAACUCAUCAAAACACCAACAACGUUCGUAGAGCGCUUGAUUUCUCCACCGGUGCACAGCAGGUGGAGCAGUACUGGGAACUUCCAACAACCACAGCUCAGGAAACAGCCUUCCAAUUAAAGGAGAGAGAGAGGGAGGCUCAAAAACUACAAAAGAUGAGGCAGGACAUGAUAAGGGCUGAUUUACAGCAGAAAAUUCAGACAAGAGAACAGAAGAUUUCUGAAGUCACAUCAUCUGUAAAAGCCUGCAAGGGCGGCUUGGAUGCCGAAUGGCUGGAGAUCAACAGCGUUUUCUCAGAGGUGAUGAAAGUCGUGGAGGACUCUCGGAAGAAAGCCCUUCAACCUCUGGAGGAGAGGAGAAAGAGAGUGAGUAGAGAAGGACUACAUCUGGUCAAGAAGCUGCAGAAUGAAAUUGACAAAAUCAGGAAGACCAUUGAUGAGUUGGACAAAAAUGCCGACUUGCAGGGUCUUCCUAAAACAGGCCUGGAUGAAUCUCGAGAUUGGAAACAUUUAACUGUUGACACUUCAUUCUCCUUUGGGUCACUGAGAGCUACAACAUCGAGCAUGAUGGAACAAAUUCACCAGGAACUUGAAAAACUCUCUUCUGUUGAACUCAAGAGGAUUCCCACAUUUGCAGUGGAUGUAAAGCUGGACCCAACCACAGCCCACCAGUGCCUUGUGCUUUCCCCCGAUGGAAAGACAGUUAGAGAUGGAGGAAAUAACCAAAAAGUACCCGAUGCUCCGCAGAGGUUCGACAUGUUCGGCAGCAUCCUGGGGCUCAACAGGUUGACUUCUGGGAAGUCAUACUGGGAGGUGGAGGUCACCAACAAGUCGGGGUGGGACCUGGGUGUGGCACGACGCAAUGCAAAUCGCAAGGGGAAACUCUCUGUGAACUCGGAGAGCGGUUACUGGGUAGUCGUGCAUUACGAAGACAAAAAGUACGCAGCCCUGACAGUACCACCAGUCAGCCUCCCCCUGAAAGAGAAACCUGAAAAGGUUGGAGUGUUUGUGGAUUACGAGGAACGUCUCGUGUCCUUCUACGAUGUGAUGGCUCAAUCUCACAUCUACACGUUUACCGAGUGCAUGUUCAGCGAUCUGAUUCUUCCAUAUUUCAGUCCACAUCCUAAACAAAAUGAGAAAAACUCCCAUCCUCUGAUUAUCUCUCCUGUGAAGAAGCAGUUGUAGUUAUAUGAAGUGAAUAGUUACCGGUGCACUAAAAGUUAAAAUGCACCACUCACUGUAAAUAUCAGUACAGGUGUAGGCCUACAUGAUAUUUCAUGACACUACCAAAGGGUUUAAAUCUAGGGUCUUGGCCUGGGCAUCACCUCUGUAAAGAGAUUCUGAAAGUUUCAGGAACAAAGAUUCUCUCUCUUUUUGUCCUGAUCCAUUUAUAUAAAACCUGUCUGAAAAUGAGCUGAUCAGAUUUUGGCCACUUUAUGAUGUCAUAACGAUUUUGUUGGCUUGUGUCACCAUUAGCCAAUAACCCCCCCCCCCCUAUCACCUGAAUCUCCUCCUAGAGCACCAUUGUGUUCUUUUUAACCAAAUAUCUCUCAAAGGGGCGUGGGGAGGGGCUCCUUAUAUUCAUCUAAAGUAACAGACAGAGAAUCAGCACUGUUUUGCAUAUAUCUGAGAUUUAUAAUACAUUGAUGAAAAACAGUAUAAUAGGGGACCUUUAAAAUGGGUUGUAAGCUAUCCCCUUUCGGUAUGAGUCAGCAUUGUGGUCGUCUCCUGCUAGCUGUCAUAAAUUGACUCUCUUCCAGUUUUCAGGUACAUUUUUGAAGUUACACUUUUUAUAUCUCGUUCGUUUCUAACUAUACAUUUUUAACUGAAUGGAGAAUUUAUGUUAUCAGACAUGUGUAUCUUAAGCUAACAGACACACUAGCUAAGCUAACAUUAGCAGGAGCAGAAUAGCAUCCGAAAAAAACAAUUUUUGAACUUCAAACUACUUUAAUCUCUGUUUCCAUCGGUCAUUAUAACAAGCACUGUUUAUUGUUUAGAGUAGGAGACCAUAAACAGACCAGUUCACUCACUUUUAAAUCCUCAUGAACAGGAUCUUAGAAUGAUCAGACAAACAUUAUAAGCUAAUGUUAGCGGUUAGCUUGCAACCGCACAGAUGGAUUUCAUGUUUUGUAUGCAAAAUCCACAUUUUGGAAGUAACUUUAGCUGUCAACUGCUUCAACGUGGCAUUACAUUCCUCAAAAGGUUAAAUUAAGUACUAUGCAAUAGAAAAUGUACUUGUUUGCAUUCUACCACUUAUCUUUACUUGAUAUAACCCCUAACUCUUGCACACUGUAUUUUCUUUAUUUUUUAAAUUGCAUUUUACAGAUCCUUUUUUCUAGUUCCAGAUUAUCUGUUACACCGCCAUGCAUGACUCUCUCUACAUAUAACUAUUGACGGUUAUAACAAAAUGUUUUAUGCUAUUAAGCGAGAAGACUUUAUUACAAGUUAUAUUUGGGAAACUUUGUAUACUUCUCUUCAGGGGUCUUGUAAAAACUAAAGCAAUAAAACAUGAUUUACGUUGUAUUUGUUGAUGUACCAAGGUCCUUUAAAGAGAAGUGGUCUCAGUCCGGUCGACUUCGAGCUGACAUUACUACCAAAUGAAGUCAUUUUAAGGAAGGCAUUUUAAGACUCUUUAUUUUAUUUUACUAGGAACGGUCUUGUGUUUCAUUACAUCGAGAAUGUCAUGGUGAUGGAUAUAUACAUUUUAAAAUGUGUUUUAUGUCUUGUAAUUGCAUUGAGAAAAA